UAUCUGCCGACAAAUGACUUUACAUGUGAAGAUUAAAGAGAGCCCAAACUACCGACACCAAGCUUAUGAUAUCCGUCAAGCUUAGUGUAUGUCAUUCAGCAUGUCUAAAGAUCCGAAUGAUGAUUAACAACGAUGAACGUGGUCUUAGGUGAGGUUUUUCUUUAAUAAUUAAAAAGUUAAGAUUAUCAAUAUUAUACUAUAUUAAUAAUAAUAAUCAAAAACAAUUAAAAGAGAUGUGGCUCUUUCAUUACGCGGAACCCAAGAUUAAGGGAGCAGGUUAUUUGCAUUUGUCUUCAUAUAUACAACAAUUAUUACCAAAACGUAUUAUAAUACUAACAAAUAUUAAUUUGCUAAAUUAAAUAAUGGGCCAUCCUAAAGCGAAUCUGCCAGGUUCUUAUCACUACAAGCCCAUUUAAUAGGCCAACAUAAACUAGUUUUCCAUAUCGAAUGGACUUAACACAACACAAGAUAAAACAACAACAACCCCAUGAAUGAAAACUUCAAAACCAAACAAUGAAAUCUAUGUUUUGCAUGAAUAAUGCUCCUCUGACUCCAAAUGAUAUGAGGGGUAUAUUUAUAUGCCAAGAGAGAACUGGGCUUAUGUUUAUUCCUUUAGGCCUUUAACUAAUGGGCCGAGCCAAAAGAAUUGUCGUUGACUUUUAAACCUCGCGAGCAUUGAUAUUUGUUGGGUUAAGUUAGUAGCAUUGGUACGUCUUUCAUGUCGGGCAAGAAUUUCUGUCGGUGAGACUUUUAGUUCCCGAGUAUGUCGGUGCAUUUAAUACAAACCAUAAUAAGUCUAAGAUGUCUUAAUUGUUUUGAAAUUAAUAAAUCAAAUUGUCUUAAGAAAACAAAACCGCAAAAUAUAAAAAGAAGAAGAAAACGUGUUGUAUUAUGGCGUGUGAGCGUACGUGAAAACUCGUUUAUCUAAAUACGAAUGAAUCGGGGACAUAAGUGACACUGGUCCUGGAAGAUAUCACGUUCUAACUUCUAAGUAUUGUUGCAAAAUAUGAGUUUCUUAGUCAACUAAAUACUUAAUUAAAUGACGUUGUAUUUUUUGUUUUGUUUCUGGUACUUGAUUUUAAUUUUAGCUUUAAUAGUGUUGAUUAAAGCUAAAAAGUAUCAACUAUUGACACGAAUCUUUUCCCUCUCGUAUUAUUUUUGCAGCAGAAUAAUAAGGAAAAAGUUGUUAAUUAAACCAAAACCAUGGGCGACGUAGAGUAAGCUUGGGUUAGCAUUUGUCACACGUGGGACGUGCGAGAUUAAAAACGGGGAACGUGGCGCAUGAUGUAUUUGCCGUACUUUAAAAUAAAGUUAAAAUGUCGAUCUCAUGGGACCGUUGAAAGCACACGAAAAACGCGUGAUGGAUAAAGAUUAGUUGCGUAAGCCAAUCAAUUCUUUUAGUUCAUUAGUUCCUAUAGUUUAUGACUUUAUUCAUUAGUUCCUAACUGCAUCACACUAUCAUCUGUUAAACAAACAACUUAACGAUAUUAAUCGUUACUGCAUUAUUCAAAAAUAACUUUCAUUUCAAAAAUAGACUAGCUUUGUAUUUUUUUUUCAAAACUUAUCGAAAAAUAAAACGCGUUUAGCAUGAAAAAAAAAGAUUUUAAUACUAAAAUAAGUGAAGCAUGACAAAUCAUAUUGAUAUCCCCUUAUUAUUAAAAAGGAAGCAAAAAAACAGAGUAACCUCGAAAUGGUAAUAUAUUUACAGGCUUGCCAUUAUGGCGACGUGUCAGACAGAUAGAGCUUCUCAGACCCCUUUGGAAAACAGCCACACUCACCCUAGCAAUUUACUAUUAUUGCCAUUGGACAGACAUUUGAUAUAUGCAUCUCUCGACUAUUAAGCUCAUUUAGUCAAUGCUGUGUAUAAUUCAUAUAACAUUAGUUGAUAAUGUUCUUCUAUAUUAAUUUGGAAUAAUCGCUGACCAAGUUGAACUCUAUCACACAUAUCAUCUACUAUCACCGUUGUGCUUAAUCAAACUAUGUCCGUUUGAUAUCCUCUGUUUCAUGCUCAUCAGUUUCUAUGAUCAUUUCCAAGGAUUUAAAACACAAAAAGUUAAAUACGUUUAUUAAAAUAGAAUCAUAAACAAAUAUAUGACCAGUUCAAUUUGCUGGAAAUUUUUUGGAGUUUUAUCGUAUUCUAAAUAGUCUUUGUAAAAUUGGAGAAACCUUUUUUUUUAAUAUUCAAAUGUUAUUAUGAUCAUAAAUGCAAAGUUACAAAAAAAUGUUUUAAUUUUAACAUGUUUUCCGUGGCCAGUCUUUAUUUUUUGAGUAAAAUAAAACUCCAAAAAUGUUAAAUCAUAAUUUUGUCAAAUGUUCAUGUAUAAUAUUUACUUCAUCUCAUCAAUUCAAAAUCGUAAAUGGGAAGAUUAUGAUCUUUCAAAUAGUAUAAAACGAAUAAGAUUUAGGAUACAAAUGAGUGCUGUUUUUGUAAUAUGGUGAUCUCAAACGUGAAUUAAGGUAUUUAUUUUGGUCAAUAUCAUAUUGUAUAUGGAAAUACUGGAUUGCAAUCACGCAUAAUUUUGAAUUUAUGUAAUAAGUGCUGAUUGCCGUGAAUAAUAUUAUUUUCAAUAAUAGAAAAUCACAAACGGAAUCCUUGAUUUUCAAGUUUAAUAAUAACCUAAAAUAGUCUUCUGUGGUAUCUAUUAAUUUCCAAAAACAAAACAUUACAAUAUAUUUUAACUGACAAAUUGCCAAUUAGUUUGAUCAAGAAUAUAUUUUGGGUAAUAUCGCAUUUAUGCGGAAAUAAAUGAAACUAUUAUAAAUAUGGAAGAUGGUAUUGCUUCAACGAUAUCGUGUUCUCUCUAUUUCUUAAGCUCUAAUUUUCUGUGACUAUCGAUUCUAAUGGCAGGUUUGGACUUUGUUAGCGAUUUGAAGCCGUUCAAGUCGAUGUGGAAAAUUCGUGUUAAGGUGAUUCGUCUUUGGAAGCAAUAUACUUGUGCUCUGGGAGAAACAAUGGAAAUGGUGUUAGCUGAUUCAAAAGUAAGCACGCUGUUGACAACAUAUAUAUUUGAUCAUUUUGAAACUCUUCUUAUGUUGCUAAUUUAUCUUGCAGGGCGAUAUGAUCCAUGCUACUGUGAAGAAAGAAUUGGUCAGCCAGUUCGUGACCUUAAUCAGUCAAGGUGAAUCGAAGUUGAUGGUGAAUUUCAUCGUCACAAUGGCUGCUGGAUCUUAUCGCCCCACAAAGCACCCUUACCGAAUUGUGUUCCUCCCGACGACUCGACUAAGAAUGUGUGAUGCUUUGCCUUCAAACUUGACUGGUUUAGACCCGGUCAAGUUUGAGUCUAUUAAGGAUGGUAGUCAGAACACGGACUACUUGGUUGAUGUUAUCGGACAGAUUGUUGAGGUUUCCCAUGUGGAAGUUGUUUCUGUGAAUGGAAAAGAUACCCAGAAGCUGUCACUGGAAUUAAGGAACCAGGAUGAUGAUCGUCUGCCGAUGGUGCUAUGGGGUAAAUUUGCGACAGAUGUCAAUGAUGCUAUCCAGCUAAGAGGUGAACAUAAGAUCAUCGUAGUGUUGCGUUUCGGCAAAAUAAAAGUCUGGAAAGAUGAACGUUCCAUCUCGAAUGCAUACAAUGUUUCCGAUGUUGCUUUGAAUCCUAAUUUGGAGGAGGUUCAGACGUUUAUUGAAUUGUUACCUAAGGAUGAUAUGGCCUUGGCCAUUGUUGACCCUAAGCCUCUUGCAUUAACUAAUGGUGUUUCUGACAAGGAUGAUUUCUUUAUCCAUACUCCACGGAAAAGCAUUGCUGAUGUGAAGGCUUCAAGACAGGUAUGCAUUUUUUUAGAUAUUGGAUAUCUUUACACUUUAGAAAACCACCGUUUAUGAAAUCAUAUCGUUUAUGUAUCAGGUGGAGAAGUGCGUUGUUAUGUGCACUAUUGCCGGGAUUGAUUCAGACAUGGGGUGGUUCUAUCUGAGCUGCAAGGUGUGUUCAAAGAAAGUGCUCACAGUGCCCAGCGAGUCUGAGGAUGAUGGACUCGAUUUGUUCAAGCACAAUUACUUUUGUGUGAAAUGCAAUCAGCACGACCCCCGACUUAUUCCUAGGUUACUAAUAUGAAAUUUUGAAUAUUAUACUUGAUUUAUUUAUUUGAAUUACUUUAGUUUUAAGUAAGUUAAACUUUUAUGUUCCAGGUAUAAGUUGCAUGUGGUUGUACUCGAUCAUACAAGUGACACUAAGUUCCUACUGUUUGAUAACCUAGCACUUCAGCUCUUACAUCAGCCUUGCAUUGAGCUGACUGGACCCAUAACCGAUGAGGUUAUUAUAUAAUCUCUUAAAACAGUUAUAGUAAAACCUAGAUUUUUCUUAUAAGUAUAUGAAUUGUCUUUUCUUUUUUGGUGUAGGAGGUUCAAGAACCGUAUCUUUUGCCGGCUGCUAUCAACAAUUUGGUUGGUAAAACCUUUCUCUUCAAGAUACAGAUCGAGCGGGAAAACUAUCUGUACAAGCAUGAAACUUACAAGGUGUUGAAGAUUAUCACUAACACUGAUAUGAUUUCUCAGUUUGACCUGACUCAAUCCCCAACGGUUAGUAAUGUUCAAUAUCAAUUCAUUUUAUAAUUGAUGAUUUACUAAAUAGAAAAGUCAUGAAUGACAGGGAAGUGAAACUUUCAAAGCUAUUGAUAACAGUAUUGUUUCUGAUGCACCAGAGGUAAUUUAUAUCAUCAGAAUCAGUGAAUAUUUUUGAAAGUUAAAGUAAUUGAUAUCUAAUAUAUAUGGUUGUAAUUUCGUAAUAUUAGGGUUCGAUGAUGUUGCGUGGCUGUUCAUCUCAGCAGUCUGACUCAACGAGUCUAACUCCAGCUAAAAGAAUUGGGGCACCGGUUAUCAAUCUGGAUGAAACAUUUGACCAGACUUCUGUUACGCGCACUAAUUGUCCAGUGAAGAUCAAGAAGGAGAAGAAAGAUAAAAGUGGCUAAAGCGGUUUAUUUGAAUUUUAAGAGAGUAGAGGUUUUGUUUUCUUCAAGAACUUGCAUGUUUUUCAGAUUUUUUUUGGGUUUUCUGUUUUGCUUCACUUUGUUUCAUUUUUAGUAACUGGGAUUUUUUUCCCAGCUUGCGUGUUGUCUACCUUUAUUUAAUGUAUGUACCCUCUACUCUCAUUUUAAUUAUGUUUCAACCUC